AUGUGUAAUGCAGCUAUCGUUAUAGAGAGAGAAAAGAGACAGAAAGAAAUAAAGGAGACAGAGAAAGAGAAGGGAGACAGAAGAGACAGAGAGGAGACAGAAGAGACAGAGAGGAGACAGAAGAGACAGAAAGGAGACAGAAAGAGACAAAGGAGACAGAAAGAGGCAGAGGAGACAGAAGGAAAGGAGACAGAAAGAGACAAAGGAGACAGAAAAGAGAAUAGAGAAAAACAGAAGAGACAAAGGAGACAGAAAGGAGACAGAAAGGAGACAGAAGAGACAACAGUAAAGAGAGAAAGACAGGAGACAAAGGAGACAGUAGCGAGACAAAGGAGAGACAAUAAAAUAAAGUAA